GGGGGGCGGAGGGGCCGCAAUCGCUGCCCGCCAUGGAGGCGAUGCUGCUGCUGUUGCUGCUCCUCUCCCUCCUGCUGCUCCUCGCCGUCCGCGGGUGGCGGGGGGCCGGGGGGGGCCGCCUCCCCCCAGGUCCGACCCCGCUGCCCCUCAUCGGGAACCUGCUGCAGAUUUCCCCGUCCCAAACCCUCCAAUCGUUCCUUAAGUUACGGGAUCGCUACGGCCCGGUGUUCACGGUCUACCUGGGCACGCGGCGCGUCGUGGUGCUGUGCGGCCACCAGGCGGUGCACGAGGCGCUGGUGGAGCGGGCCGAGGAGUUCGCGGGCCGGGGGAGGCUGCCGAGCCUGGAGAGAACGUUCCGCGGGCACGGUGAGGGGCGGGGGGCGCUGGGGGGUCGGCGCCCCGGUGUGGGGUCAGUUACCCCGUUGUGGGGGCGCCCCGUUGUGGGGCACCGCGCCCCAGCGCCCCCCACCUCCAACCUGACCCCCCACUCUGACCCCCGUCCCCGAAAUCCCCUUCCCGUGCCCCCACCCCGAUGUCACCGCCAAACCGUGACACCCCCC